UUCUUGGCGGUUGGCGGUCACAAACUUCGAUACCAUCAUAUCGGACGCAUGUGGUGCUACUUUCACUUUCUGUUCCUUCCUACGGAAUAACAGCAAACAGCCGGACUCUAGAAUUUCCGAAAAAAUAUGCUGGUGCUAGAUGUGAAUCUGAAUCGCGCAGGUUUUUCUCUAUCCAGGAUUGUGACUGGGAACUGUGUUGUUUCGGUUGCUUUUAUUUUGUUUUUAGUUUUUUCGUCAGAUGUAGCUGCUCAGAGAACCACUCAAAAACCAGUGACGACUUCCAAAAAACCAGAAAGCGUCAAAGAUUUAUUCAAUACUUCGUCCUGCAUACCAAAGCCCUAUGUUUGUCCGCAUAAACAAAUACAAUUCUAUUUAUACACAAGGAGAACCCAGACCAAUCCAGAACUUCUGGAUACAACGAAGCAAGAGUCCCUCUACAAUUCAUUUUUUAAUCGAGCUCAUCCAACAAAAAUUGUAGUGCAUGGUUUCGGAGGUGGUAGGAAUCUUUCACCAAGUACAGACAUGCGAGAAGCAUACUUCCACAGGGGCAAUUACAAUAUUAUUAUAGUUGAUUAUGGUACUCUUGUUAGGGAACCUUGUCUUAAGCAAAUGGAGUGGGCGCCCAGAUUUUGCGCUAAGUGCAUCGCCCAACUAGUCAGAUAUCUAUCACAGCAUCCUAGAGGUUUGAAAGCUGAUGACCUGCACCUUAUUGGUUACAGUGUUGGUGCGCAUAUUUUAGGAUUAGUGGCUAACUACGUUGAUCCAAUUCUUGACGGAAAAUUGGGAAGAAUAACUGGACUGGAUCCGACAAUUGUUUUCUACAUGGGCUCAAACCGAUCCAGAGAUCUGGAUCAUACAGAUGCGCACUUUGUCGACAUAAUUCACACUGGUGCUGGUGUCCUCGGCCAGUGGGGACCCAAUGGGCAUGCAGACUUUUAUGUCAACGGAGGAUCUAGUCAACCUGGUUGUGCCAGCGAUACGGUUUUCAAAACAUUGGCUUGUGAUCACACCAAAGUAACGCCCUAUUUCAUCGAGUCAAUAGUCACCAAAAAGGGUUUUUAUGCCUACCCUUGCCCAUCCCUCUUCAGUUUCAUGGUCGGUUGGUGUGAACCAAAGGAGAACGAGUACGUUUUGAUGGGGGAACAUGUUACGCACAAAGCAAGAGGUGUCUACUACCUCACCACAAAUCCCCAUCCACCCUUCGCUCAAGGUCAUCCUAAUAAGAACAAGAAUAGUAGGAGAAGCAUCGUUGGCAGACUUUUUCAGCAGAGGAAGAGAUGACAUUGUAAAUAGUUUUUUGUAGAAUUGUAAAUAAAUUAUUUUAUUUAAUGAA